ACUAUGACUCUUUAUCUAAGGCACUACUGGAAGGACGAAAGGUUGGCUUUUCCAAGCAGCACAAAUAAGAGCAUGACAUUUGACGGGCGCCUGGUGAAAAAGAUCUGGGUCCCAGACGUGUUCUUUGUCCAUUCUAAGAGGUCCUUCAUCCAUGACACCACUACUGACAACAUCAUGCUGAGGGUCUUCCCAGAUGGACACGUUCUUUACAGCCUGAGGGUAACAGUUACUGCUGCAUGCAACAUGGAUUUUAGUCGUUUCCCUCUGGACUCACAGACAUGCACACUGGAGCUGGAGAGCUACGCCUACACAGACGAAGACCUGAUGCUCUACUGGAAAAGUGGGGAUGAGUCUCUGAGCACAGACGACAGGAUCUCUUUAUCCCAGUUUCUCAUUCAGAAGUUUCACACCACCUCCAGACUGGCUUUCUACAGCAGCACAGGCUGGUACAAUCGUCUUUACAUCAACUUCACUUUACGGCGCCACAUCUUUUUUUUCCUGCUGCAGACGUAUUUCCCUGCCACUCUGAUGGUCAUGCUGUCCUGGGUCUCCUUCUGGAUUGACCGCAGGGCUGUGCCUGCCAGAGUCUCUUUAGGUAUAACUACUGUACUGACCAUGUCUACCAUCAUUACUGGGGUCAACGCCUCCAUGCCAAGGGUCUCUUACAUCAAAGCUGUGGACAUUUACCUCUGGGUCAGCUUUGUCUUUGUAUUCCUGUCUGUGCUGGAAUACGCAGCAGUCAACUACCUGACGACAGUUAGAGAUGGUAAAGACCGGAAGCUACGAGAAAAAAUGCGGGAACAGUCGCACACGCUGCCGUGCACGUGUGGCAUGCCUCACACCAAGACCAUGAUGCUGGAUGGAAUGUACAGCGAGGCGGACGCCAACAGCCUGGCAGGGUAUACCAGAGGCUCUGUGGCAGCUGAGGAUCCAUCCGACAAGCAGGAGCAGAUGGUGGUACAUCUCACUUUGGACAAUGAGUCCACAGAGACCAAGAAGAAGAGUGUUCGCAGCUUCCGCAUCAUCCAGAACACCCACACCAUCGACACAUACUCCCGCAUGAUCUUCCCUGGAUCUUACAUCCUGUUUAACCUCAUCUACUGGUGUGUCUAUUGCUGAUUCUAGAUAAAUCUCCAAAGACCAUAUCAGCAAAUUGCAAAGUUUGGAAAGCUGUGGCCUGACUGCAGGCGCUGAGGAAGGGAGCAUCUCCUUGUUAAACUGGAGGACAUUAGAGACACCUGUCAUACUACAGCAACCUCCUGAGGCAGGUGGUACUCUGGUUAUCUGUAAGAAAAAACAUUAUAUUCUAAACAAAGAGAAACUUUGCCUGUUGUCAACUGAGGAGAUUGUUACCAGAUAUUCUGGUUUUCAUUGCUUCCUUUCUC